AUGGUUAGUGUUCAAUCUUGUUACACUGUCACACCCUCUGAACCCACCCCAAAUGAAAAACUAUACUCCUUGUGUGAACAAAUCAAGCUUCGCACCCAUGCUCCUCUCCUUUUUGUGUACAAGCCACAUGGCCAUGAAAAAGCAUCAACCUUUGUUCACAUCCUGAGGACCUCUCUAAGCAAAGCUUUGGUUAUUUAUUAUCCACUUGCAGGGAGGUUGAGUUGGAUUGAAGGAGGACAAUGGGAAAUCCAUUGCAAUGGCAAGGGAGCGUGGUUAUUGGAAGCCAAUUGUGACGAAGUGAAGAACUUGGAUGAUUUGGGUGAUUUUGUGCCAACCAAUUUGGUGUCAAAGCUUAUGCCAAACAUUGAUUAUGGUGUUCCCAUUGAGGAGGUUCCUCUGCUAGUGGUGCAACUAACAAGAUUCCAAUGUGGUGGUCUUGUCAUAGGUGUUGCCUUGUGUCGUGCUGUAAUUGAUGGAAUAGCAACCAUGCAUUUCAUGAGAACAUGGGCCAUGUUAGCAAGAGGAGAGAAUGUGGACCUAAAAGAAAUGCCAUGCCAUGAUAGAACUUUGCUAGAUUCACAAAAGCUUCAUAUGGGGUUGCAUGAACAUCUUGAGUUUCACCCUCCUCCUCCUUGGGUAGGUGAAUUGGGAGACACAAGGGUAGUAGUAGUUGAUAUUGUGAAACUCACACAAGAACAAGUUGAGAAGCUCAAGAAGAAGGUAAAUAGUGCCUAUGGUGCUAGUGCUGCAGCACCAAGACCUUGUUCAACUUUUGAAGUAAUUGCAGGGCACUUGUGGAGGUGUGUUAGUAAAGCACGCUAUGAGGGAAAUGGUGACCAACACACAAGGUUGUCAACAUUGGUUAACUGUAGAAACAGGUUGAGGCCACCCUUUCUUGAUUGUUAUGCAGGGAAUGCAGCAUUUCCUACAGUGACACCAACAUGCUCCUUUGAUGACCUUAUGCAAAAGCCUUUGAGUUAUGCAGCUUGGAAUGUUAGGAAAGCACUUGAAAGGGUGACAGGGGAGUUUGUAAGGUCAGCACUUGGUCAUAUAGAAAAUCAAAAGGAUAUGAAUAUGGUGAGGAAUAAUUUUCACUACCCUGCAACAAGUGUACAUGAAGGACCAUUCAAGGGGAACCCGAACCUUUUUGUUGUGAGUUGGAUGAAUUUCCCGUUUGAGGAUGCAGAUUUUGGGUGGGGAAAACCUGUUUAUUUUGGCCCAGGAUUUAUGGAUUCCGAAGGGAAGGCCUUCAUUUUCAAUAAUGCUAAUGGUAAUGGGGUCAUUGUGGCUAUUUCUUUGGAUUCAUCUCACAUGGAUUCUUUCAAGAAAUUGUUUUAUGAUGAUAUCGAAGAGGUGUUUACUCUUUCCAAAUUGUGA